AUGACGGUCGUCUCGUCCGUCAAGCUCGCCGGCGGCACGCUGUCGGUAUGCGGGCGGACGGUGCUGUCCGGGGUGCCGGACGCAGUGGUGGCCUCGUCGGCGGCGGCGGGGGGAGCGGUCGACGGGGUCUUCAUCGGCGCCGACUUCGCCAAGCCGGCCGCCAGGCACGUCGUCUCCCUCGGCGACCUGAGGGGCGUGCGGUUCAUAGCGUGCUUCCGGUUCAAGCUCUGGUGGAUGGCGCAGCGGAUGGGAGAGAAAGGCGGCGACGUCCCGCGCGAGACCCAGUUCCUGCUCGUCGAGUCCAAGGGCGCCGCCGGCGACGAGGCCACGGCGGCGUACGUCGUGUUCCUGCCCCUCGUGGAGGGCGCGUUCCGUGCCAGCCUCCAGGGCGGCGCCGGCGACGCGCUGGAGCUCUGCGUCGAGAGCGGGGACGCCGACACGCGCGCGGCGUCCUUCGAGCGCGCGCUCUUCGUGGGCGCCGCGGAGUCCGACCCCUUUGCGGCCAUCUCCGGCGCCGUCGCCGCCGCCAAGUCCGCGCUCAGGACGUUCCGGGUCCGCGCCGAGAAGAAGCUCCCGGGCAUCGUCGACUACUUCGGCUGGUGCACCUGGGACGCCUUCUACCAGGACGUCACCCAGGAGGGCGUCGAGGCCGGGCUCCGCAGCCUCAUCGCCGGCGGCGCGCCGCCCAAGUUCGUCAUCAUCGACGACGGCUGGCAGUCCGUCGGCACCGACAAGUCCGCCACCGACACCGAUGAACCUGCCGGAGAGGACAAGCCGCCCCUCCUGUCUCGUCUCACCGGCAUCAAGGAGAACAGCAAGUUCCAGAAAGUGGACGACCCGGCCGCCGGCAUCAAGACGGUGGUGCGCGCGGCGAAGGAGGAGUACGGGCUCAAGUACGUCUACGUCUGGCACGCGAUCACCGGCUACUGGGGCGGCGUCCGUCCCGGCGAGCCCGGGACGGAGCACUACAGCUCCAGCAUGCAGUUCCCCAAGGUCUCGCCGGGCGUCAUGGAGAACGAGCCCGGCAUGAAGACCGACGUGCUCACCGUGCAGGGGCUCGGCCUCGUGCACCCGCGCGCCGUGUACCGCUUCUACGACGAGCUCCACGCGUACCUCGCCGCCGCCGGAGUCGACGGCGUCAAGGUGGACGUGCAGUGCAUCCUGGAGACGCUCGGCGCCGGCCACGGCGGCCGCGUGCAGCUCACCAGGCAGUACCACCAGGCGCUCGACGCCUCCAUCGCCAAGAACUUCCCGGAGAACGGCAUCAUCGCCUGCAUGAGCCACAACACCGACGCCCUCUACUGCUCCAAGCAGACGGCGGUGGUGAGGGCGUCAGAUGAUUUCUACCCGAGGGACCCCGUGUCGCAGACGAUCCAUAUCGCCUCGGUGGCGUACAACAGCGUGUUCCUCGGCGAGUUCAUGCUCCCGGACUGGGACAUGUUCCACUCGCUCCACCAGGCCGGCGACUACCAUGGCUCGGCCCGCGCGAUCAGCGGAGGCCCCGUCUACGUCAGUGAUGCACCCGGGAAGCACAACUUCGAGCUGCUCAAGAAGAUCGUCUUGCCCGACGGCUCCAUUCUCCGCGCGCGUCUGCCAGGCCGGCCGACCAAGGAUUGCCUGUUCACCGACCCGGCACGCGACGGCGUCAGCCUGCUCAAGAUAUGGAACAUGAACAAGUUCACCGGCGUUCUCGGCGUGUACAACUGCCAGGGCGCGGCGUGGAGUUCCGUGGAGAAGAAGAACACCUUCCACCAUACCGGGACCGAGGCCCUGACCUGCGGCGUCAAGGGCAGCGACGUCCACCUCAUCUCCGAGGCUGCGACGGACCCCGAAUGGAACGGCGACUGCGCCGUGUACCAACAUGCCGAUGGCGACCUCGUCGUCCUCCCGUGCGGAGCGGCGUUGCCCGUCUCUCUCAAGGUCCUGGAACAUGACAUCCUCACCGUGUCACCGAUCAAGGACUUGGCACCUGGUUUCAGGUUCGCCCCGAUCGGGCUGGUCGACAUGUUCAAUAGCGGCGGGGCGGUGGAAGGCCUGACCUACCACCUCCUCGGCGGCGCAAAGCUGCUCGACGGCGGUAAUGGUUCCGCUUCGGGCUCCGAGGCUGUCGGAUUGGUGUGCAUGGAGGUGAAGGGCUGUGGAAGGUUCGGUGCCUACUCUUCAGUUAGGCCAAGGAAGUGCAUGCUGGGUUCAGCUCAGCUGGAGUUCUCCUAUGAUUCUUCCUCAGGGCUGAUGGUUCUUCGGCUGGAGAAGAUGCCCAAGGAGAGGGUUCACAAGAUUGUUAUCGAGUUGUAG